AUGGGACCUAGAAUACUAUUACUAGAGAACUUUGUCAAGAAUGUGAUCCAUUCAACAACAACAACCCCACUGUUCACAGAGCCCACAAAUGGUGGCUUUUACCUUAACCACAAGGUCAGGAAGCAUUUGGCCAGCCUCUCAGUGGUUGGAAACAGAAGUCCCACCCCCCAGCCCACGGUGAGGGAGAAGGCUUUGUGUGUCCCUGAAACCCCAAAAAGCAGCAUUGAAAAUCAGGGCCAGAUUAAGAUGUACAUGGAUGAAGUGUGUCGAGAGACAGUGUUAUGUUGCUGGGAGUCAUUUCUGCAGCAGGCAGGAUUAAGCCUGCUAAUAAGCAUGACAGUCAUUAAUAACAUGCUUGCCAAGUCCGUUUCAGACCUGAAGCUUCCUUUGAUAUCCGAGGGGAGUGGAUGUGCAAAGGUUCAGGGUUUGGAAGCACUGAGGAGUUUGUCUGAGAAGCCAGUGCUGGCGGGGGAGGCGCUGGCUGCCCAAAUGUUCUUCUCAUUUAUGUGCCUCUUUACCAGAAGUGGGAGCAGAGAGAUGCUUGUGGAAGCCAUCUCCCCUUAAGUGGCUGUGUCAGGAAGAAUGAGACUGAAGCCACCCAGAGCCUGAGCACUUUCCCGAGGGCAAAGAGGCUGCAGUGGGUGCAACCAGGGAUGCAGUCUUUGCCAGUGAGCUCCUCCCUGGGAGAGAGUUCCUUCCAAUGUCUAAAUGGAGGGCUACACUCUUAUGGGCCAG